GCCAUGGCCUCACCGUGGCUAUGGCGUCGCGCGACGCACAAGAGUCGAAGCGCGAUGAUCCACCGCAACCAUCAACUUCCUCCUCAACCGCGAUGGGGGAGACCGACGCGCCUGCACGCACCGGCCCUCUCAAGCUCUCGGACUCCAUGUGUGCGCCCCAGUACGCCGCUUCUUUAAAAUGUUUGGACGAAGCCAAUUAUGAUAAGAGUAAGUGUCAGGAUCACUUCGAUGCUUACAAGGAGUGCAAGAAGCAAGAGAGGGAACUACGCCUUGAAGCCAAUCGAAAAUCCAAAAGUUUUUUCUGAGUUCUUGCAAAGUCGUAACAAAUCAAAUGCUGGUCCUCUUUCAUUCACGGUAGCAAAUCGAAGUGUAAGGCAGAAAGCUUCGAAGGAGUUGGUGCUCCAACCAGGAGAACCAUGUAGUGUUAGCCCAUGUAGCCUUGGACUGCAGUCCUUCAAUCCUUCAAUUACAUUAGUAUAUGGAGGGAUGGACAAGAUGACUAAAUAGUUGAAAGGAUAGAUUUUUGUUGGAGCUCUCGUCACUUAUGUGGAGAGUACGAAGCCAACAGCAAGUUGUUCUAACUUCACUCCGUUGAGAAUGCCAGUCAUUUGAUGUUCAACUUUCCAAAAGAGAGGCUGAAUACAUGCGAGAGAAUUUAGGUACCACUCAUACAUAUUGUCUGACCUUGUUGAUGGUAAAAAAAAAACAUUUGCUAGGA